GAGUGGAGUUGAAAUUUUGCAGUCGUCGUCGUCGCGUUCCUUGUCUGUCCGUGUGCGAAAAUUUAAGUGAAAAGCUUCGGCGUUGGUGGCUUCGGAGAAAAUUAUUCGCGAUUACGGUUAUUCCCGUAUCCGACGGGAAGCUGGAGUGCUAUUUUCGCCGGGAAUAAUCGGUACGGGAGUGUUGCUGCAAUCAGCCUGGCUACUGGAUGAAAAAUCGUACAACGGAAGAAAGAAAAAAAUGUCUGGCGAUUGAUUCACGCACUCUGGCCCUCCCCAUCAGCUAUCAUCAGAGCGAGCGAAUGAAGGCAAGGUCUGCUGUUGCUGCAUUGGUUUUUUGAAGUUUCGAAUUUUCGCUCCCGUGUGUGUGUGAAAUGCGAAAAUUGAAGAAUAUGUAGUGAUUUUAUUUUCGCUUUACUGAUUCAAUAAUUCGCCCAUCCUAGUGUAGGAGAGUGUGUGCUGUAAUCUGCUGUUUUGGUGAAUCGAAUGUAUUAGAAGAGAAAUUCAUUCAUAGGAUCAGUAUCUUUGGUGUUCCGGAAGAAAAGUACUUCACACAAUCUGCAAGCAGACUGGCCGUAAAGGAGGAAAAGCAGUCCUUUUCGGGGGGUUCCAGACGGAAUCACGUCUAUCGCCCACUGUGAGCGCAGUAUGAGUAGCCCUCAGCUCACUCCUUUCGCCUUGUGAACACUAGUGUGAAGUGGUGUGUAUUUGGUAUAUAUUUUUUGUGUGCAAUCGCCAUUUUGUGCUCCGACGACGGGCAAGUGAACCGAUCGAACGAAAGGGAAGAAAGUCUAGAGUAGCCCAGUGGCCAAGACUGCCAAAAAGCAGAGACUUCCAGGGACUGCCUCCGGGCAGCGGUGGUUCGCCGCAAGGAAAGUUUCCUGUUACCCAAGAGUGCACAAGUUCUGUGUGGAUCGUGGUGUCUGGUGUAGGAAAGCACGAAACGUCAUCUCGAGAGGCGCUCCCCAAAAUAUGUAAAAGCUUGAAAUUUUCCUUAUCGGAUAACAACGUCUGUUCGUCGAAGCUGGUACUGCAGCCACGGUUGUCAGCGAUGGGACCAUCAAAGGAUCUAUCAGGCCUCUGAGAAUCCCGUAACCAACCGGAGGAUUUGAACAAACCUCGGUUUGGCAAAGGAGGUGCUCCAGGCACACAGUGAAAAUGCGCAGAAGGUGGCAAAGAUCGGAUCAAGCAAACCAACUCAGUGACAAUGCGGUGUUCAGUGUUCAUAUAUGGUCUUGGAGCAAAAAUAGUCCGGUGGCACCGAGUGGUCUAAUCAAUUAGCAAACACAUGACAAUAAUCAAAGCGGUGUAGAAACGGAUGGUGCACAAUUCAUCACCGUUCGUGGUAGUUAGUGCAUUGCGGUGAAGAUUCGUUAUAUACACAAACAACAGCGACGUCACUGGUAGUGGCUCAUCGGAAGAAGCGAAUCAAUUAAACAGCAAUCGCGGCGCGAUAGUGAAAAAGUGGUGCAAAGCACAGAAGCAAUCCGGAAAGGUAAACAUAAUUCAAAACGUGACGUGAGUGUGAUAAUCGCCCCGCCGUUACCGUCACUACUAGUGCUGCUGGUACUACUGUCAGUAGUAUGCCUAUAAUGAGGCCGGGUAGCCUGAAGGAUCCCGAGAUAGCCGAGCUGUUCAACAAGCAUGACCCGGAGAAGAUUUUCGAAGAUCUGCGCGAAAUCGGCCAUGGAUCGUUCGGUGCGGUGUAUUACGCAAAAUGCAAUCUCACGCGCGAGAUUGUCGCGAUCAAGAAAAUGUCCUACAUGGGCAAACAGAGCAUGGAAAAGUGGCAGGAUAUCCUGAAGGAGAUUCGCUUCCUACGGCAGCUGAACCAUCCGAAUACGAUCGAGUACAAGGGAUGCUAUCUGCACGAGAACACGGCAUGGCUGGUGAUGGAGUAUUGCGUCGGAUCGGCUUCCGAUAUAAUCGAGGUGCACAAGCGGCCCCUCAAGGAGGAAGAAAUAUCGGCCAUCUGCGAUGGAGUGCUGCGGGGGUUGAGCUACUUGCACGGUCUCGGAAGGAUUCAUCGUGAUAUCAAGGCGGGCAACAUUCUGCUGACCGAGCAAGGUGUGGUGAAGCUGGCCGAUUUCGGCAGUGCAGCCAUCAAAUGUCCCGCCAACAGCUUCGUGGGGACACCGUACUGGAUGGCACCGGAGGUUAUACUGGCGAUGGACGAAGGUCAGUACGAUGGCAAGGUGGACGUGUGGUCGCUCGGCAUUACCUGCAUCGAGCUGGCGGAGCGGAAACCUCCCUACUUCAAUAUGAACGCGAUGUCUGCGCUGUAUCAUAUUGCGCAAAAUGAGGCUCCUUCGCUACAGGCUCCAGACUGGUCCGAUAUUUUUCGGAGCUUUGUGGAUUUUUGCUUGAAGAAAUCCCCGAACGAAAGGCCAAAUUCCAGUAAACUGUUAACCCAUUCUUUCAUGACGAGGAUACGAUCGCCAAAUGUACUGAUUGAUUUAAUAGCGAGAACUAAAGCUGCCGUUAGGGAAUUGGACAAUCUGAAUUAUAGGAAGAUGAAAAAGAUCCUAAUGGUGGACUCUUGCGAGACGGAAAGUAAUGUCGGCGAUGCUGAAGACACUCCGGAUGAGCAGAUUGGUGGUGAUAGCAGCAAGAGUAACAGUAUAACCUCGGAACAUUCGUUACAUUCGGUGGACCAGCACGGAGGUGUGCUGCGAAAUGCAUCCAGGCAUCGGAUGCCGGCGCCUGGUUUGCCUCCGAUGCAUAACAACAGUAUGAACAAUUCGGGCGGCCGAGAUGGUCUGAUGGUGGGUGAUGGCCUGAACCGGUUGAGUCUGGGCGUGAGCGGAGGAAGUGGCGGCAGUGGCAUGGGUAGUGGAGGCCUUGGUGGAAGUGGAUCCGGAUCCGGCAGUAUGGGUGCUAGUAUUGGGUAUCAAAAUUCUUCAUCUAGUCCCGUUGUACCUCAUCAUCAUCCGCAUCAUAAUCACGUGUCGCAGGCGGCAGCGAAUGCGGUUGCCGAGCAUGGUGCCAACAAUUUUGCUACUAUUAGGACUACUAGUAUUGUGACGAAACAGCAAAAGGAACAUAUGCAGGAGGAAAUGCACGAGCAAAUGUCCGGCUACAAGCGAAUGCGCCGGGAACAUCAAGCAGCCUUAGUGAAACUAGAGGAAAGGUGCAAGGUCGAAAUGGAACAGCACAAAGGAGCCUUGGACAAGGAAUAUGAUCUGCUAUUGCAUAGUUUCACUAGGGAUUUAGACAAACUAUCGGGAAAGCACCAACAAGAAAUCGAUCGUAGGAUGAAGCAAAACACCGUUGCCGAAAAGAAACUUUAUAAGGAGAUAUCAACUCGACAAGAAGGCGAUCGCAAAGCGUUCGAUAUGCAUAAAAAGAAAGAGUAUAAAGCCAACAAGGAACGCUGGAAGCGAGAGCUAUCGAUGGACGAUUCGACUCCGAAGCGGCAGCGGGAUGCUACUCUUCAAUCCCAAAAGGAUAAUCUGAAGCAAGCGGAGGCUCAAGAAGAGCAGCGGAUGCUGCGAGUGCAGAAGAAUUACAUCGAUCUAGAGAUGCGCAAGUUCCGAAGGAAAAAGAUGAUUCUUCUGCACGAGCUCGAAAACCAGCUGCUGCGUGAUGAAUUGAGUAAAAAACAACAGCAGCUGGAGCAAGCGCACGGCAUGCUUAUCAAACACCACGAAAAGACUCAGGAUUUAGAAUACCGUCAGCAAAAGAGUGUUCACGCUCUCCGCGAAGAGCAGAUAUCAAAACAACACGAAAGUGAGCUGCGUAACCAAAAGGAGUACAUGGAUCGGGCCGAGCGGGAGCUGUUGAGGCGGCAUGCGCUGGAACUCAAACAGCAACCGAAGAGUCUGAAGCAAAAAGAACUCCAAAUACGCAAACAGUUCCGAGAGACGUGUAAAACCCAGACGCGUCAGUACAAGGCACUGAAAGCUCAAAUCCUGCAGACAACGCCUAAGGAGGAACAAAAAGCUGUGAUAAAGAAAUUAAAAGAGGAGCAACACCGUAAGUUAACGUUAUUGGGUGAUCAGUAUGAACAAAGUAUUGCCGACAUGCUGCAGAAGCAGAGUUUGAGGUUAGACGAAAGUCAGGAAGUCGAAUGCCAUCAGCUGAAGGAUCGGCUACAGUACGAGCUGGAGAUCCUCACAGCUUACCAGAGCAAAAAUCGAAUGCAAGCGCAGGCGCAGCGGGACCGCGAGCGGAAGGAGCUCGAGGAUCGCGUCAGCGUGCGGCGAGCACUGCUGGAAAGUAAGAUGGAAACUGAACUGCAGCAGUUCAAUCAGGAACGCGCAGAACGGAUUCGCUUACUCCGGGAGCGACACGAGAAGCAACUGGAGGCGUUCGAUGAGGAAUCGGCACGGAUGGGCUUCAGUGCACUGGCGUUGGCCGAAGCAUCGAAGGAAACCUACCCGGACGAGGAGGGUAGCCUGUCGGGGUCAAUGCUUAGCUUGGCUCACAGUAACAGCUCUACCAGCUUCCCGGCGGGUUCACUAUAGCAUAAAUCUCGUUUUAUGCAAACGUUGUCGAGUCAUAAUUCUAUGUAGGUGAAGUCGAGUGGAACAGAAAGAGAGCAAAGCAAAGCGCUUGCAAUAAGGGACGAAUACGACGCAUGGAGUACUGAGUAUGUGUAAUUUUAAUAGUUCCGUAUACAGUAGACGUACGGGGGUUAUGUGGUGGCGAGUGCCCGGGGAUGGAGCUGCACCCCUAUUUAUGAGCUCUGCAUACCUUAUGUUAUGCGUUUUUACCACUAAAAUGUUUAUGAAUUUUUUGCCGUGUACCUAUCAAUGUAGAAAUUAUGUUGCUUAUUUUCUGUCCUAUGUAUUACUUUUGUUUAUCGAAUUUCUUACCGGAAGUGAACACAGAACGUAUGAUCAAACCUUCUAAAUUCUAGUCAAUUUGUUUCGUUUCAUCACUUGGCAGUAUGAGGCAUCAGUUAGCCAAUGUCGUUGACCAUAGGAACUGGGGAUAAGCGUUUCUGUAGCGACGGACGAACGGAGGUCGGUCGGUCCCUCGAUAAUACUCAUGUUAAAUUCGAAUGAUUCCUAGUUGCUAAGGUAGGCCCAUUUGAUAGCGUAACCGCGCGCGCUUGUAAGUUCAUUUGUAAAUAGUCGUACAUUUGCUUGUAAUACCAAACUUGUUCUAAUAUACAAUACUGCUUUUCAUAGAGGAUGAAAACAAAAAUAAACCUGGGUCGAAGUAGAGUCGUGCGUUUGGGGUGCGUGUUUCCCGUUCCUUUCGGUCCCGUGCUACUAACUGAUGAUCAUACUUUGCAUUUUGCUCAUUCAUCGCGAUUUUUACGUUUGUCUAUUUUCCUAUUCUUUUUGACACUGUACCUAUUCACUCUUUCGCUUACUUCGUAACAUUCGGUGGAUUGUUUUGUUGUUGUCGGGAAGCUUAUUACUGUUCAUCCAAUGUCUUUACGGUUAUUAAGUUCGGACGAUGCCAGUCCAAAUCUGUGGGUCUCAAAAUAAUUCAGAUAUGCUUUCAUAGGAGCAUUGGCUCUACCCCGGUUGCCAUAACAGCCGUUUUGAAUAAUGGUCGUUAGGCAUAAAUGUGGAGAACCACUAAUUAGUUAUAUUUAGGCCUAUUCUGCAGUUGAUGAUAAAAAGAAGGGAAAAUAAUCCUUUAAUUGGAGUUUACCCUUCUUUUGAACUUGAGCUAUUCUUUUUUUUGUGUUUAUGCUAAACGGUAGUGAUGCCAACUUGCGAUUAUACCAAACGGC